AUGCACCUUCUUGUUGAUGGCGACUAUUUACUCAGUGGCUUCCGGCCCACCUCGGAGGAGGAAGUGAGGGCGGCGGUGGAGCGGCUCGUGACGGCGAUUGAGCAACAGCUGCUGCAGCCAGUUGGUGCCGACACCGCGGUGACAGCCCUUGUCUCCCGUAUAAUUUUCUUCUCCUCUGCGCUCAUUCAAGGGCUCGAGGAGGGGCCGCGCAUGUUCAUCAUCUCCACCAUGCGUCGCCUGCGCUUCCAGACGCACGUGCUGGAGAGCAUCCACGGCCGCCCCGGCACCCCGGUUGACGCCGCGUUGUGCACGAAGCUGCUGCAGUUGUCGCUGCUGCCCACCGGAGGAGGCGGCUUCAGUGGCGGCAACAGCGCUGUCGCCUCACAUGGCCGCGGGGCGCAUGCCUUCUGUCUUGUAACGCCCAACGCGUACCUCUCCACGGCGAUGGAACUGAUCGCGUCGCGGGAGAGUGGCGAGAUUGUGUUUGCUGUGUACGAGGGCGACGAGGUGGCCGAGGAGCUGCUCGGCUACGCGUCAGCGCGGUACGGCACAACAGGCGGCGUGGCGACAAUGGCGAAGCACGACGGCGUCACGUUUUUGCCUAGCACAGAGGCCGCUGUCGCUGCCUUGGCGCUGGUGCAGCAGCAGGAGAAGGGCAACCUGUCCGUCUCCGCGCUGGCAGAGCUGAAGGCCCUUCAGGUGCGCCUGCAGCAGCAGACGCCGACCACCGGCACCGGAGCAACGGUCGUGAUGCCGAAAGCAUCGACAGCCGCCGCUGUGGCCCCACCGGCGGCGCCCACGGUGCCGGAACUGUUUGCGCCACCCAACGGGCCACAGCCGACGGCGGCAACCUCUCAAAGUAGUAGCAACGCUUCCUCCAGCGGCAUCGUCGACAAGGACCGGGCGAGUGUACCGGCACUGCCCUUCACCGCCUCUGCAGCAGCAGCAGCGACAACAGCUGCCCCCUCAUUCUUUGAGACAGGCCCCUUGCACACCGUCACUACCACGACGUCCCCACCGGCAGUGGUGCAGCAUGCCUCACCGCCAUCAGCGAUGCCGCCACCGUUGAGCACGUCACCCCUCUCUACCGUUGGCGGUAGAGAGGGCGCGGCGGUGUCUCUUGGUGAGCCGAUGGUGUCCACAACCCUGCCAGUCGAGUGGGCCCUCGUCUACGAUGCAGCGCGGCAGCGCCACUACUACGCGUACACGGACACAACGGGGCAGACGCGUUCGACGUGGCAGCACCCGCUGGGGCCACAGAAGCAGUUGGAGCUGGAGGAGCAGGUGCAGGCGUGGCGCGCGGCGCGACUGCAGCCGCAGCUGAACAGUGCGCUGCCGGACGGCUGGGAGGAGCGCACGGACCCGCAGACCAGGCGCACGUUCUACGUUGACCACAAAUCGAAGACGACGACGUGGGAGCGUCCACAGCCGAGCGUCGCGACCCCGCCAAGCGUCGCGAACGUCAGCUCCCAUGCCAGUGGCGGUAGCGCGAUGGCGCUGCCGGCGAUGUGGGAGGCCCGCGUGGACCCUCGCACUGGUCGGACCUUCUACAUCAACCACGAAACCAAGACGACGUCGUGGGAGCGGCCGGCAGUGGCGCCCACACCGCUACCCGCGGCGCAGCCGUCUAGCGGAAACGUUGAGACGGGCGGUGACAGUGACUGGGUGCCGUGUGUCGACCCUGCGACCGGCCGCACCUUUUACGUCAAUGACAAGACGCGGCAGACGAGCUGGUCCAGGCCAACGCCGGCGGUACAGGCGCCUCCGCCACCGACACCGCCAAACGCGCCGUCGCCGAUGCAGGGUGGGGCGGUUGCGCUGCCGCCACCGUGGGAGGCGCGUGUCGAUCCCGGCACUGGUCGCACUUUCUACAUCAACCACGCCACCAAGACGACCUCGUGGAAGCGUCCGCUGGUUUGA